AUGAAUUCUCGGGAUAUGCUUUUAAAUAGAUUAGAGACAGUUACGACAGUUAUCGAGAGUAAACUGACAACCGAAAAGGAAUUUUUUGAUGUACUCAAAAAAAGUGAACGAGCUGUCUUUCAUUUUUUCCGCGAUUCCACUUUCCGGUGUAAAAUUCUGGAUAAACAUUUGACUAUUCUGGCAGCCAAACAUGUGGAGACAUUCUUUGGCAAGGUGGAUGUCGAAAAGUCUCCUUUCCUUGUUUCCCGCCUUAAAAUUCGUAUUUUACCGACAAUGGUCCCCGUGGUUGACGGAAUGGCGAAGGAGCACAUUCUCGGGUUUGACAGUCUCGGUGGGACUGAUGACUUUUCAACGGAGAUGUUGGAAUGGAGACUGGGCUGUGCGGAAGUGAUUAAUUAUGAGGGGGACACUUCCCGUCCUCCCGCUCUCGUUUCCAAACCUGCCAAGACACUAAAAUCUGGAAUCCGUCGGACUAAUUUCAACCGUGAUCCUGACAGUGACGAUUACGAAGAUUUUUGA